AUGGAAUUCCUGGUGCACAACAUCUCACACUCGGAUCUGGUCGUGGAACUCUCAUGGUUGCGGCCAGACGGCGUCGCUAGCAGCAGUAAUGGAGCUUCUGUACCAACUGCCUGUCGACCCGUGGUCAGCAUCGACUUGGACGGCGUCUCCGUGCCGCUGUCCAUAUUGGGGCGACCCAAAUUCAGUCUGUUCCAGAAAACCAGUCGGCACAUUCUGGAGCGCGUGCAGCAACUCGGACAUCCCAAACGCGACGCCACACAUGCGGCUGCAGUAUUGAGUGUCCCUGAUUCAUCAUCACUGCUGCAUCCGAGUCUUUUGGACAUCCAGGGUGAGCGCUGGAAGGUGCACUGUCAAGACACACAGUCGCCCAUUGGUUUCAACUUGGCAGAUGCUCCGAUCCUCAUCAGUAACGUAGAAGUACUACGAGAUUUCCAACUUCGUGGCGAGGUGGAAACUACGAAACUCGUGGAGCAACAUUGGGAUCGAGUCGGUAUUACGGCCGUCUACUUCCCGUUGGUGGCACUGCUGCUACCCAAAUGGAUGCAAGUGCUAAAGGAAUUCCAGUCCGAAAACAGUCGACAACUGGUAUAUCUCAUCAGUGGAGCGGGCAUUCCACGCAAUGUAGAGCACUCGCGCAAUGACAACUCGACCGAGAUUACGGCACAACUCAUUGCACUGUUCGUGCACCAGUAUUACCCGCACAUGACUGCGAUUCAAGUGCAUUCAGGGUCAAAUAUCUUUCGGUUCGACGACAAUGUGCAGUUCAUGACACGAGAGCUGAGACCGUUGCUGGAAGCACAGCGCGAGACACUGGUGGAUCGAUGUGGUGAGGCGUGGAAGUCGCACUUUCACAUCACAAUCGCGUACGCCGAUGGACCUCCAGCACGACUUAGUGCGUUAAAUGCUUCACUACGUAUCUACAGGCCGUCGUACCUGCAUAUCUGGCAGCUCAAGACAUUCUGGCACGAGCGCAAACUAUCCAUGGUGGACGUGGACUUUCAUUCGUUCGAGAAAAUCGAGGCGUCGCCGUUAGUGGCGCCAAGCAAAGCCGACGCCAUGACGCAGAUGGUAGUGCGCGAGAUGAGAAUGUUUCGUGACCAGUUUCUCUCGGCGGAAGGCGAAGGCGAGGUGGCCAGCUUCUGGUUGCGCAAGUCACGCAAGCCCGUACUUGCCGUGCUUUUGAUUGAGAAGCCAGCUACGGUAGCAGGAGAACGUCCGACAAUUGUAGUACAACGAGGAAUGAAUUGCGAAGUGUCCAUGCCGACAGGAUCGUUGUGUGCCGAGCGCAACGCCAUUGGUAGUGCGCUGGCUAGCGAUCCGACGUUAACUCGCCGCGCUUUAAAGAUGAUUGCCGUGCUGGGUUUAAACCUCGCUGCUGAUGACAUCGUCAGUCCUUCGCCGUCAAAAUACACAAAGCAUCACAAUACUACACAAGACGAUGACAAGAAGAAGAAGAGGAAGCCAUCGCAAGUGCAGGCUGGUGCUACGUUAGACGAAACUACUUCAACUGCAAGUGAACCUGGCUCGAUUGCGACCCUACUCCAGUCUGUAGGCUUACAGCUGCCUGUCCAGAUCCGUCCUACUUCCGUCCAAUGCUCAUCCAAAGUAGACAAAGCAUCGAUUCCGACUGACGAAACCGUGCAGCGUAGUGCAAAUGGCACAGGACGAGGUCAAGGAUGCGGAAAUCGUGGGCAAGAAAAGAUGAAUGUCAACCUCGUGUCUUCGAGAAAACCCAAACGGCCACGCACGUUUUCAUUCGACAAAGUGGCCAUGGAAGAGAUGAUUCGUGGAAGUACACCACUGGACCGGAACCCACUGGCACCGUGUGGAGCUUGCAAGGAAUGGCUGGUCAAAAUUGCUGAAGCCAAUCCGUCGUUCCGUGUCGUCACGUUUGAGAACUCGCGAUGCCGAAAUGUCUACAUCAGCCAGAUCAUUUGA